AUGGCCCUGAUAAGCUUUAAUGUACAGAAAGAAUUGAAAUGUCGCCAAAUUUUAGCGCUUGGUGUCUCUGAAUGCUCUGGAUGUUCCGCGCGCAAUGUAGUAAAAGGUCGUUCACCGGAAAGCCUGGUUUGUACUUUUCAUUUUUUGGGUUUCUAUGCGCACGCGGUUCACUUCGCUGAAUAUAACGAUGGCAAAAAUCGUAUCCACACUGAGACAAUAUCAGUUGAUUCACCACUUCGUAGAAGUUCGCGAAUUAAGCAAAACCUUAAACAAAAUGAAUUUUCACCUGAAUCGUCUCUAAGCGACGCUAAUAAUAUACAAACUUCAAGGAGUCCAAGACGACGUUUAAUUACCAUGGACAAUACGGUUUCUAUUGAAAAUCAAAGAAAUUUACGUUCUAGGACAAAUUCUGUAUCUUCAGAUAUUAGCGAAGUCCUAGAAACAGGUAUUGGUACACCAACAAGAAAAACUAAAAAUAAUACUUCUAAUGAUAAUAAAAUGAUAGGUAGUCGAAGAAGUAAACGCCUUGUAAGAGCUGGAUCAGAAGCGAAUUCACCACCAUCAGCAACAAGAAACACACGUAAUACAAGAGCUAGUUCUAUGGGACCUGAAGCUACAUCUGAUAAGCUAACAGAAAAACGAAACAAUGAAUUAAUAAGUACAUCUAUGAGAACAAGAAGACGAUCUUCCUUAAUAUUUUCAGAAGUAACUACAGAAGAAAAAGGAAUAUCUAUGAAAAUUCCUAGGGUAACAUUAAAUCGUACAUUACCUGAUAUUAAUGAAAGUACACAAUCAGACUCAAAAAAUUCUCUCAAACCUAUAGAAGAAGAUGAUUCAUUGUCAUUUUCUAAAAACAAAUGUGAUACAAGUCAUAAUAAUAUAUGUGAAAAACAUUUAGAUAAUGAUGUUAAGAUAACACAACACAAUGCUCCAGAAAAUUCUUCUUCAAAUAAAUUUGAAGAUGUUGAGAAGAAUUUAAUUAUGGAUAAUAAAAAAAUACCAGAUAAUAGUAAAAAUGUAGAAUUAGAAAAUAACAAAACAUUAUCUCCAGAUAUUACAAUAAAAGAAAAAUCAAGUAAAUCUCAAAUACUUUCACAAAAUGAAAACGAAAAUAUAUCCAUGAAAUCAGAACUUGAGAAUUUAAAUGAUAUUUUAGAAAAACAUGAAGAUCAUAGUAAUAAAAAGAUUCUUACAACAAAUAUUGUUAUUGAUUUACAAAAUAUGAAUACACAAGAAAGUCCACGAUCUAGUUUAAUCUCAAAUAAUUCAAAUGAAGAUAAAUGUGAAUCUCCUUGUGUUAAAAUAAAUUUAACACCAAAACAUUGUUCUAAAAAAUUAUCAGAUGUGUCAAAUGAUAAUGAUAAUGUUUCUGUAAAGAAAAUUGAAAGUGACAUCGAUUCAACUAAUAAUUUAUCAGUUAAAACUAUGGAUAUUUCAAUAAAUCAGGAAAGUAAUUCUGAUAAUAUGCAAAAAUUAAUUAUAAGUCCAGAAACAGAGCCAGACAAUGAUAAACCAUAUGAUGAAAAUUCAGAUAAAAAUCUUUCUAUACAUAUAAAUGAUAAUAAAGAAGACAUAAAUAUACGAAAUAAUAGUGAAUCUAUAGAAAUUAAUUCUAAAUUAAAUAAAGAAUCGGAAGAAAUUGAUAAUAUGAAUAUCAAAAUGGAUAUUUCAAAUGAAAAAGAAAGCAUGAAUGAGGAUGAUUUUGAGAAAGAUAAUACAAGCCAGUGUAAAAAUACAAAUGACCAACAUGAAAUUGAAAUAAAUAUUAAAAUGGAUAUUUUAAGCGAAAAGGAAAAUACGAAUGAAAAUGAUUCUGAAAAAAAUAAUACAAAUCAAUAUAAAGAUACAAACGAUCAAUGUAAAAUUAAAAAUAAAAAUAAUGAAUCAAAUACAUCGGGCAUACACGAAAAUGAUGAAAUAAAUUGUACAAAAGAAAUUUUAUCACCUAAAUUAAAUGAUAGAGAAUUAUCAAAUUCAAUAGAUGUGAAAUUAACUUCAGAUAUUCAUAACUCCGAUAAAUCAAAACAUGAAGAUACGAAUUAUUUACAAAAAAUAAAUGAAAUGAAUAAUUCAUCUUCUAAUUUAUCUAAUCAUUCUUCUAAUCUAUCGAAAUCUUUUAAUACUGACGUGAGUUCAAAUGAUUUAAUUGUAACCAAUAUAAAAGAUAAUGUAAUUAAUUUGAAUGAAAAUAGUUAUCCUGUUACAGAAUCUACUGAUUUAAUUCAAGUAGUAUCUGAAAAAGAAGGACAUUUAGAAAAAGAUUCUAUAUUAGAUAAUUCUACUGAUUCUUUGAUGUUGAAAAAACAAUUACAAAUAAACGAAUUACAAUCAAAUGAAAAAUAUUCAGAUAUUAAUAAAUCAAUAUCCAAAGACUAUCAAGAAAAGAUUAAAAUUGGUGAUAAUAAUUCUGAUACAAAUAUGACAAAUUUAUUUCAAGACAUUCCAGCUACCGAAUGGAAAGAAAAAAAUAAUGAAUAUGAUAAAAAUUCUGAACAAUUGUCAACUGAAAAAUUGGAAAAUCAGAUAGAAAGUGAUUAUGAUCUUAUUUUAGUUGAUAAAGAGGCAUAUUCAUCUGCAGAAAAACUAAAAAGAGAAAAAGAAAUAUUUGAUUAUGAUUCAGAUGAUACUAUUAUAUUAAAAAUACAAAGAGAUUCCAUGAAAACAGAAAAUGAUACAGAAAUAUUAAUGAAUAUAUCAGAAAAUAAAUGUAAAUUAAAUGAUAGUAAAAAUAAAUCUUCUACUAACAAUAAACGAAAAAGUAUAAAAGAUAAAAAUAAAGAAAAAAAAGAAGUAAAAAGUGAUAUAGAAGAUACAGAAGAAGAUGUAAAAUUACAAAGUUUAGAGAUAUCAGAUCGAAAAUCAUUGAGAGAUAAAACAAGAAAAAAAUUGAAAAAAAAUUAUUCAAAAACAGCUAAUGUUUUAUCCGACUCUGAAAGAAGUAAAGAUAUUUCUGAUUCAGAUGACACACAAAAAAAAUUCAUGAACAUACCUAAAUAUUUAUUUGCCGAAACCAGCAAUAGUGAGAACAAUGAUAGUGAAUCUAAUAAUAGUAUAGAUUCUGAUAUACAGAAGGAAUAUAAUUUUCACGGUAAAAACAUUUCGAAGUUUUCCGAUGAUGAUAUACCAGGAGAUGAAUGUAGAGCAUCAGAAACAGAAUCAUCAGAUCCAGAUGAUAAUGGAUCAGAUAUGGCAGACUUUAUAGUUGAUGAUGAUGAAGUUGAAGAAGAAGAAAGUGAAAGUGAAGAGGAAGAAAAUGAAGAAAUUGAAAACAAAGAGAAAGAGAAUGAAGAAAAUGAAAGUGAAGAGAAAGAAAAUGAAGAAAUUGAAAUUGAAGAAAAGGAAGAUGAAGAAAGUGAAAGUGAAGAAAAAGAAGAUCAAGAAAUUGAAAUGGAAGAAAAAGAAGACGAAGAAAGUGAAGAGCAAGAAGAUGAAAAAAUUGAAAUUGAAAAAAAGGAAUAUGAGGAAAGUGAAAAUGAAGAGAAAGAAAAUGAAGAAAUUGAAAUUGAAGAAAAGGAAGAUGAAGAAAAUGAAAGUGAAGAAAAAGAAGAUCAAGAAAUUGAAAUUGAAGAAAAAGAAGACGGAGAAAGUGAAGAGAAAGAAAAUGAAGAAAUUGAAAUUGAAGAAAAGCAAGACAAAAAAUAUGAAGAGGAGAAAGAUGAAGAAAUUGAUGUUCAGCUGCAUAUUGAAGAGAAUGUUAAAAAAAGUAAGAAAAAAAGCAAAGAUAAAAAGCGAGAUCAAAAUGUUGAAAAAUCAUUAAAUGGAUCUCAAAUAAUAUUUAAUAAAAAAAUAAAAGAUCUUGAUGUCAAAAUCGAUAAUUCAAAUGUAAAAGAAAAUAUCAAUGAAUCAAUGGUAUAUAGUACUCCUAAAAUUAAUUUAUCUGACAAAGAAAAAUUUAAUAUUAAAACUUAUGAUGUUCAGAAAAAUUUGUCUCUUGACGAGGAAAAAAGUAAAGAUAUGACGCUAAAGAAAAAAUCAAAAAAAUUAAAAAGCAAUGAAAGUCUUGCACAUAGAAGUCUUCCAUCUGAAUUAAUUGAAUUUGUAACAGAAACAAAUCUGUCAAGGCCAAUGUCAUCUAAAGUAUUAGGAUUAAAUAAAACAACAUUAGUUUUGGGAAGCGAUACACCUACAACAAGAUAUUUGAAGAAAGAUAAAUUAAAUGAAAGUGCACCAAUACUGAAAUCAGAUACCAUGUUCAAAGAAUUAACGAAUACUAUUAGUAGUAGUAAGGAAAACGAUCAAAUUGAAAAAGAAAAUGAAGACGACAAUGAAAAAAACAAAAAAAUAUCUAAAGAAAUAGAUGAUUCAUUAAAAAAGAAAUUAUUUAAUGUAGCAAAUAAUAUAUUAGAAAAUGAUCGUAGAAAAAAACGGAAAAAACAGAAACAAUCAACAAUACAAGAAACAAUUGAUCCUAUACUAUUUGAAAGUGAUUUUCAAUUGAAUAAAAAUGCAGAUAUGGUAAAGAAAACAAAACAAAUUGUUCCUUUUAUUAAUACUAAUGAUGAUAAUGAUGAUAAUGAAAUAGGAAAAGUAGAUAAGAUAAAAAAGAAGAAAAAAAAAAUGUAUGAAAAUAAUGUUCAAAUGGAACAUCAAAUGUUUGAAAACAUUCUUGAAGGAAAACCAGAUAGUCUUGAUAAAAAUAUACAUAAUGAAGUAAAAAAGAAAAAGAAAAAAGAAAAAAUAAUUGAAGAUGUUUCAAAUUUGAUAAAUACAAAUGAAAAAACUAACAUAGUAAAAAAAAAGAAGAAAGUUUCAGAUUUUUCACUAUCUGAUAACAUGUCAAAUGAGCAAUUAUGUAAAAAAAAAAAGAAAAAAGAAACAUGUAAUACUGACAUACAAAUAAAAGAGAAGAUAUUUGAAAAUAUCCAAUCUGAAAAUUAUGAUGAAAAAAUAUAUAAUGAAAUAAAAAAGAAAAAGAAAAAAGAAAAUACAAUUGAAAAUGUUUCAAAUUUAACAAAUAUAAAUGAGGAAACUAACAUAACGAAAAAGAAAAAAAAGAAAGUUUAG